UUGAUGAUUUUAAUAUUUUGAAAAUUAUUUUGUAUUAAUAUCAGUUAAUUUAACAGCUAUUUAUAAAAAUUGAAAACAUAUAAAAUUAGGACAAUCAAAAUAUGGAAUUAGUGAAAUAUUAACUGAUUAUGUCGGCACGUAAAUAUAUUUUAUCCGCUCGAGAGAGAAAUAUUAAUAAAAUUAUUGAUUAUUUGCCACAAAUAUCUCAACAAAGGGCUAGUUAUCGUUCUGGUCAAGAGCUACCUGCACUGUCCGCGAAUUCUAGUAAUUUCGUUAACAGGAAUCUUUCGUAUUCAUUUAAAAUACCUCAUUAUGCGGAUGAUAGCUUAGAGAGAGCCAGUACACCGUUUUCUGAUUUUUUCUCGGAAAGUGAAACAGAUUUUCAUAGUGAAGAAAGUGACAGUAGCUCUGGUUCAGCACUGAGAAGGAACACAGCUGAGGCAACCAAGAGUUUGACUGAAGAGUGGGAGAGGAUUGAAAGGACUUUAUAUGAUGAGGAAGGGGAAAAGAGUUCUAGAGCAAAUAUUCUUGAAGAGUGCCGACAAUGGAGACAGCUGCACCCACAACUCAGAAUCGUUGGUAAGGCUAUACCGCUACCGGAGAAAAGGCUAUAUCGACAAACGGAACACGAAGAGGUAAUUGCCAUGCAUUACAGCGAUUAUGAACAGUUCAGUGAAAGCGAAGAGAGAUUGUCACAGAGUAGCACAGACGUUACCCCACAGAACUCGCCACGUGUGUCUGUCACGGAUGACAUAUACGAGCCAAAAUUAUCAAGGGAAAAAGUGUCCUACAAAUUCGAAGAAAGUUCUGAUCUACCAGAUACCUUCUGCUCGCUAUUACAUAUAACACCUAUACAAAUUCGUAGCCCGUCGCACAGAAAGCGACCAAAUCCUUCAAUACUCCGUUCAGAUCUAGCGUCUUCGAGAUGGAUGAGAAAUGCAAGGCCUGGCUCGUCGAUCCACUACGAAAGGAACAGUGCCAAGUCAUUUGUUUCUCUUGAUACAAGGAACUAUAAUAGUAUUAUCACAGAUAACAGUAAAGUAUUAAAUGCAAGGGUUCUGACAGCAAGACAUAGGGAAUUAGCUAAAUUAGAACCUCUUUACACACCUGACUAUCCCCCAAAUGAAGGAUCCAAAAUUUGUAACGGUAUACAAAGUCAUUUUAAUGUCAGGAAAGUAUCCCUCCCUCCACUACUCUUGGAAGAAGAGAAGAAAAAAGUAUCUAUUAGUUCAGCAAAGAAGUUACGCUCGAGGAAAAUGUCAAAAGGCUAUUUAGAUAAAUAUAAGCUUGGCUAGAAAUACAAAUUAUCAGAGCCUUUAAAAUAAUUUAAAAAAAAACAUAUCUGUUGAAAAGAACUAUAUUACUGGCUUGUUGUUAUCAACGUAACAGAUUUUAAAUUGUCAAUUUUAUCAUGAUUUUUUUUACACAUUGUAGGUAUUUAUGUAUUAUCAGUAAGACUAAACAAAUUAUAUGUGAUGUUAAUUUAUUGUAC